UGUGAGUGAGUUUAAAAUCGUGGCGUUAGAAGGGGUGAAGUGGCAGUUUGAGCGUUUGAAUCCUCAGUUUUCACAAGCUGCAGAGAUCAACAAUAAAAGAAAUGGAUUGGCCGAGUGAGAAUGAUUUCAAUCUUUUGUCUGAGGAGAAUUCUGACUUUGACGUUCUGUUAUCCCCUGCAAGUGUAAAAAGUGAUGAGGAUGAAGAAGUUUUUGUUGGACCAGUUGGACACAUGGAAAAAUGCAUUGCCACUGGCAUUGAUUUAAAUUGCAAGGAAGAGAAAAGUGUAGAGUCGACAGAAACUUUGAAAUGGAGUCCUCUGAACACUGACAAGUUUGUUGAGGUUUUCAGAGAAGCCAGCUUAUUAGCACGACGUUAUGAAAACCACGCAGAGGAGAAAACUAAAGAAAUGGGAGGUAAAAUUAUGCAGAAUAAAUUGGUGGAACAAUUUAUAGAGGAAUCAAAAUUAAACUUGUCCCUUCUAAAGGAUAUUACCAACUCGUGUUCUCCAAGAAAAAUGACCUCCAUAAUUCGAAGUACUCCACUGAAGUUGCAUCUGCCUGGAAUUUGGAACAAGCCUGAGGACAAUUCCCAAGAUUGUCUCGGCAUUCCAUUAAAAUCACUGAAGAAAGCUGCUGUUCAAGCAACCAGCUGUUCUAUGCAGUCCCAACAAAACUCUGGAGACUCGUCCUCAUUAAACAAUAAAGAGAUUGCUGCUUGUAGUGAGACCACAAAUUUCGGGGAAGCUCCAAUAGAUCAACCACCAAUAUGCGAACCAACACAACCCAUGACAUCGGAAAAACUCUGCCCACAUAAGCCACCUGAGUCUAAGGCUUCGAGUUCCAUGAGGAAGAGUGGUGCUGGUUCAGCAGGAAGGCCUCUCAAUUGUAUUUCAUCAUCUACAUCCAGUCUUCGCACUUCUCCAUCUGUUGGGCGAUUGUUGUCUCAAAACAUGCCUUUGAACACAUCAAAAUUGAAAGCCCCCAAAAAUAGCAGAAUUGCUGUACCAAAAAGCAAGAUAUCAAAUUCUACAUGUGUAACCAAUGCUCCAAACACAAAAUUAAUGAAACCAGCAAAUAUUUCUAAACUUUCCACUCCUGGAAAAGUGAAUCUGCAAGGACCAGGGAUGCAGACUGUAUCAAAUAAAGGCUUGCAGACAAUUGGCUCAACAACUAGUAAGAAGGUUGAUAUACCAGUGAAAUCAAUCAAAGCUGGAAACGUACCUGGACAAGAUCAACGCUCAAAGGCCAAGCCAUUUUUGCAAGCUUCGCAGAAGUCCAAUGUACCUUCACCUGGAAAUACAAGAUCAAAAACAACUGAUCUGAAGAAACAAUCGGCGUGCAGUGCAUUUGAAAGUGGUAUAGUGGCUAGUACUCCAGAUAAAACUCUUGCUAGAGGAAUACUGCAAACACCUAAUGUUCCAAACAGAAGAGUUUCAAUGACCCCUGGCACAAGACUGUUAUCUGGUUUACCCACACCAUUAAAUCGUCGGUUGUCAAGUAUUCCAGCAUUCACUCCUCGAACACAACCAAGGCCUGGGUCGUUAUCUCGGCAGUUCACGUCUAAUCGAAAUCGUAGCAUGUCGGCCAGUGGCGCAGUUCUGGCAAGUAGUAAACGAAAACCAUCAGAGAAGCCAAAGGUUCUCUGUUCACCUAAUUCCUCUGGAGAUGAGAUAUUUCCUCCUCUGGUCCCUUGUAUUCUGGAUUUCUCUCCUGAUAAACCACAGACCACUUGCCAAGAGAAAGCCAAAGAGCAUGCAUCAGAAACUCUAAUCAAAGAGAAUCUUCUGUUUGAAAUUAAUACAAAAAAUAGGCUGAUUGAGGAUCGUCCACUUAUUGAUCUCUCCAACACUCCUGAUCAAAAGAGAAUUGCACCUCUUAAGGAUCUCGAACCACUCAUAGAUUUCAGCUCUCCACUGAUUUUGUUGAGCCCUGCGGAUAAAGAAAAUGUGGAUGUGAACUCUCCUUUGCUGAAGUUUUAAAAAAGGAUGCUGUUACAAUACACUCUUAGAAUUGCCUCUGUCUCUUCAAACUGUUUUGCUUUCUUUGAAUUUUUAUGUCGGCAUGAACCUGCAAAUUCCUUGUUUCUUUGGACAGGUUGAAAUUAAUGUUGUCUUGUUUACAAUUGAUAUAAAUGUCCCCUUUGAUUCAUAAUUUUAAAUAGUUUAAGGAUUUAACUAUCAUUUAAAUCCAAUCUUGGCAUAUUUACCCUCGAUGAAAUUUGUCUGAUUUUUUAAAAAUUGUUUUAACUAUGAAUAAAAGUCUAACU